CGAACCUCAUUUUUUUUCGAGAUUUUUCUCAUAAAGUGAUGGAGCACAAAAUUUUAACACUGCGUAGGUUAAACUUUAUUUGAUCACUUUCAUUGACCAGUGCUCGGGUGAUUUCUAGUAAUUAAAGAAUGAAAAUAAUCAUACAGUGCCUUCCCGAUUUAAAACCCAUCCUCUGAAUGUAGAAUAAAAAAAAAAUAAAUAAUCGAAAUAAGGAAAAUGCAAGUUAUUAUUUUUUAGUUUUGUUUGAUGAUUGAUAACGCUUGAAUAAGUGAACACAUACGUAGUGAAUGAAACAAAAUAAAAAUAUACAAAACACGUUUGAUUUCGAAAGCAAUCUGACUUAAUAUCAUUAAACGUGUCCGUAUCUUAACUACAAAUUGAAAAAUAAAUGAUUUUUUUUUUAUGAACAAUUUGUGCUAUGAUCACGAUUGGGCAGAAUAUUAUUCAAAGCGCGACCGGAAGUCCGUUAAAUUGUUGACUCAUUUGAAUAUUCUGCGCUAUGGCCGCAAAUAUGAAAUAUUGUCCAACGCAUGACCGGAUGUCCGCAAUUUAGAUCUGAGCAUGACCAGAAGUUUGUAAAUUGUCAUUUUGUUCAAACAUUUUGUGCAAUGGCCAUAAAAUCCCUGACCGGAUUUCCACUGUCUUGACUUGUUGAAUAUUCUGUGCAAUCGAAUUGCCGAAUAUAACUAAUUUCGAAAAAAAACACAUGUUUCAGAACGUGGAACAACAAGGAAUGGCGAACGAAAGCCAAAGCGUGACCGGAAGUCCGCAAUUUUUUAUUCAACGCGACCGGAAGUCCGUUACAUGGUUGAUUCAUUUGAAUAUGCUGUGCUAUGGCCACAAAUAUGAAUCUUAUUCAAAGCGAGACCGGAUGUCCGCAAUUUUUCAUCCAACACAACCGGAAGUCCAUUACGAAUAUUUUGUGCUAUGGCCACAAAUGUGAAAUAUUGUCCAAAGCGUGACCGGAUGUCCGUAAUUUUGAUCCAACGCGACCGGAAGUCCGUUAAUUUGUUGACUCAUUUGAAUGUUUUGUGCUAUGUCCACAAAUGUGAAAUAUUGUCUGAAGCGUGACCGUAUGUCCGCAAUUUUUGAUACAUCCAGUCUAAAAAAAAAAAAAAUAUAUUUAGUUGGUUUUGGUCACUAUUUUGCCCCAGCGUGAACGGAAGUCCGAGUAGUCAUUAUUUUGUCCAAACAUUUUAGGCUAUGGCUAAAAACAUGACUGAAAUUCGUAAAAUUGUUGACUCGUUGAAUAUGCUGUGCUAUUUCCAAAAGGCAAUCGGAAUGAUACAGAACCAGAAUGCCCCUUUUCUUUUCCCCAUUUGUCGAAGAUCGUAUCGCCGAAUAUAACUAAUUGAAAAAACACAUGUUUCAGAACGUGGAACAGGACGAAAUGGCGAGCGAAGGCAAAUAUGUUCGAGCUCCGAAGGAUCUCGAUCCAGAGUGGCUGGUUCAGUCUACACACUUAAAACAGAUUCUCGAGCUCGGCAAACAAAAAUGCCGAGUGCGAACGGCAAUACGCAAAAUUGCUGAUAUUUCAGCAAUCAAAAUUGUUAUUACCAAGAAUCAGCAAAGAAAUGUACUGGAAAUCCGUAAUGACACCUCAGAAUACUGAACUUCAUCAAACAAAGUUACUGAGCUAUUCGGCAUUAAGUUAUUUUACCGAAAUCAGCAAAUGCGUUUGACGAGAUUUCGGCAUGUGCAUGCUACUUUGCCGAGGUUCAGCAGUGCAGCUGUCACUUGGAGUCGCGUUCGCGCCCUGCAUCUUGAAGCCAUUUUUGUUCCAAGAGUAUAAUGCUGAGUGUAAAAAGUGAUUGCCCCAGAAGAAUUACGGAAAAUUCUAAAGAAAACAAUAUUUCAACUACAGUAAGUAAUGUUUCAACGCUGGAACAUGACCUGGAAGCCCUGAACUCAGGAGAUAAUCAAUGCGAGCUGUUUUAUUGUUAAUAAGUUUUUUGCUUUACUUUUGCAGAUAUUUUGUUCAAUUCGUCUAUAAAGAAUACUUUACGGUAAAACUGGUGACGUCGGCUUUCUUCAGCGGCAGUAUUGAAAGCAAGUGCUUGUUGUUCAUUUAAUAAUAAAUCAUGUGAUGAAUAAUGUACAUACAUGACUAAAUAAAAUGUUUUUAUUGAAUAAUUGUUAAUUUACUAUUUAUCGAAUGAAACCGCGAACAUGAUUAAGUUGCUGUUUUUUCGGCAAAUCAUAAUUCAUUUGAAUUUACUGAUCAAUCAGUAAUAGAUGGUUUGUUUACAUAUUUUUGCCGAGUAUACUGUAACAUUUUUUGCCGAGAUUCACAGCAAUUUUUGACAUUUGGUCAAACGCAGGAUUGCCGAAGCGCUCAGUAUUUUAACUUUUGCCGAGAUGUUUGCUGAUCACUCGGCUGUGCAAAUCUCGGCAAAAGUUUUGCUGAGAUUCGGCAAUCGAAACUAAGUGUGUAACUCCGAGGCCUUGGAGGAUUCUGGAUCGUUGUGUAGUGUCCUUGACUCGAAAAUCGACGAAUUUGACGACAGAAGCGAAAAAAGUUUCAGUUCCAACCAUACGAAUGACUCUCUUUCGCUAACUGGUGGACUAGACGACAGUAACCAACAUACCCCAACACGAAUUGACGAGCCUGGUUGCAGCAAAAGCGAUCAGAAUACUAACGAGCGCCUUCACAGAAUGGAAAAUGUGCUUUCCAACAUAACGAAAGCAUUAAAUUCCAUGCAAUCAAUGCGUCCCAUGCGGUACGAUCCCGAUGAGGAUUGGUCUGCUUCUGUCGCGCCUAGAAAUUCAUCCGAAAGCAACUUUUCGAGCGUACGUUGGGAGAAUAUUAGGCCCUUUCCGGCAGGAGUUGCAGCUAACCAGAUGUGGGAAGAGUGGAAUCGCUACAUUGAAAAUUUUGAAAUGGCUGCGACCCUCAGCAACGCUAACGAUCCGGUGAGACGGUCACAACUGUUGUUCCUUUCGAUGGGGACCGAGCUGCAAGGCAUCGUGAGAGCUGCCAAACUGAGACCGAGCCUCACUGAUGCAAACUGCUACCGAAAGUUCGUGGCUAACAUCGGUAACUAUUUCCAAUCCAUGACUGAUGCAUCUGCAGAGCACGAAGCAUUUUCUAACAUGAGACAGUUGAAAUCGGAGAAUGCUGUGGCCUUUCAUGCCCGUCUAGUGGCAAAAGUUCGGCUUUGCGGAUACAGUCCAACCGACCAUGACAGAUUUGUUCGAUCGCAGCUUUUAAAAGGAUUGAGAAACAAGGACUUGGUGAGGGCAGCGAGGACCUACGGACACGACACAAAUUACAUUGUGCAGGCAGCAACUCGUGACGAAGCCUAUGAAGCCGAGACAACGCCAACAGAUAACAAGGAACCGCUAGCAGUUAAUCGUGUGCACCGAACCUCCCCAGCAUAUGAUUCGAUGAGGAAACGCUCGAGAACAGACAAUGGAGGACCACAACCAAAACGGACGCGGACCAAUCAGCAUGCGGAACGACGAUUCACCCAGGAUCGUGGACGUCGAAGCCGUUGUCGACGAUGCAAUGGUCGAACGCACUCCAGUUUGCCAUGUCCAGCAUUGAGCCGAAACUGCAACUUCUGUGGUGAACAAGGUCACUAUGCAAUCACUUGCCGUCGAGCUCACGUUCGACAGGUCCAGGUCAAAAGUAACGUAUCACCUACACGAGAUGACGACGGUCAGAUGGAUCAAACAGAGUACGUGAACGCGCUAUCCCUUGAAGACGUUUUGGUGAAAUGUCGUAUUGGCUCUUCAAGCCCCAUCCAAAUGCUCGUCGAUUCCGGCGCGGACGUAAAUGUUAUCGGUGGUAAAGAUUGGCUCCGCCUCGAACAAGAGUACAAGACAGGGUUGGCUAAUCUCAAGUUUGUUGAACAGUCGACCCAUAAAGAUCUCCGUGCAUAUGGCACUCACAGUCCCAUGAUGGUAGAAUGCAUAUUCGAAGCAUAUAUUGUUGCUACAGAGGGCAAAACGCCUGCGACUCCGGCGGUAUUUUACGUUGUACGCAACGGAACUAGAUCGUUGCUCGGUCGCUCAACGGCUAGUGAUAUGGGAAUAUUGCACGUAACCGCAAUGCAUGCCGCAACGGUUAACAAUCUAGAGAAACCUAACGAUCUGAAGAUCUUUCCUAAAGUACCUGGAGUCAGGGUAAAAUUUAGCGUUGACGAAACGGUACCACCCGUCCGAAAUGCAUACUAUAACGUUCCUGCGGCAUUUCGAGAAGCAGCCAAGAAUCGUCUUGCGGAAAUGGAAUCGCAGGGUAUUAUCGAGAAAGUGACCACUGCAUCCAACUGGAUUAGCGGUAUGUCCGCAGUUGCCAAAGGAAAGGAUGAUUUCCGCCUCGUGGUCAAUAUGCGAGGUCCAAACAGAGCAAUCAAUCGCGAAUACUUUCGUCUCCCAUUACUCGAAGAGAUGAAAGUGCAACUCCAUGGGUCGAAGUUUUUUGCCAAGCUCGACCUCAGCAGCGCCUUCUACCACCUCGAACUUCAUCCCGAAUCUCGUGACCUAACAACAUUUCUAACGGAAAAUGGCAUGUAUCGAUUCACCAGGUUGAUGUUCGGGGUCAACUGUGCCCCUGAAAUCUUCCAAAGGGAAAUGACACGGAUUCUUAAGGAUGUUAAGAACAAAAUCGUCUAUAUCGACGAUGUUCUUAUGUUUGCGAGUACACUGGAAGAUUUGCGAAAAACCGUAUGCGACGUGUUGGAAAGAUUGAGAGCAAACAAUCUUACUCUAAACUCCGCAAAAUGUGAGUUCGACAAAACUCGCCUAAAAUUCUUAGGCUACGAGCUUGACGAGCACGGCUUUCACGUUGAUGAUGCAAAAAUUAAAAGCAUACAACAGUUUCGAGAGCCCAGCACGAUAUCUGAAUUGCGCAGUUUCCUCGGUUUGGCUUCUUUUAUCAGUCCUCAUGUGAAGCAUUUCGCGGACAUCACAAGCCCCCUAUGGGAAAUUAUUGCCAGUAAAUCCUGGACAUGGGAUGCUAAGCAUAGCAUCGCAUUUAACUCAGUCAAAGAUCAGAUUAUAAAAUGCUGUGUCACACUGGGAUUUUUCUCCGAAAACGACAAAACAAUUUUGUAUACAGACGCCUCACCUGUAGCGCUUGGUGCCGUUUUGGUACAGGAAGACAUGAAAGGCAAGUCGAGAAUAAUAAGUUUUGCGUCUAAAUCCCUCACAAUUACGGAGAGAAAAUACGCUCAAAAUCAACGAGAGGCUCUUGGAGCUGUCUGGACCGUCGAACAUUUUUCGUUCUUUUUACUUGGUCGACAAUUCACUUUGCGUACUGAUGCUCAGGGUGUAUCAUUCAUUUUAAAUCGAUCUCGCGAGGACUCCAAGCGAGCUCUCACACGAGCCGAUGGCUGGGCGCUACGGUUGAGUCCGUACAACUACACGGUGGAAUACGUACGAGGUACAGAAAAUAUCGCUGAUCCUUCAUCACGAUUGUAUAGUGGCGAUGACAAGCCAUUCGACGAAGAAAACAGCCCAUGGGAGAUUGCAAGCUUGGAAGCCAACACCAUCGAAUUCGUCACAGAAAACGAAAUUAAAGCGGCUACAUCCGAAGACAAAACCCUUCAAGAAGUCAUGAACGCUCUUAGGUCUGGACAUUGGCCUAAACACUUGCGAAGAUAUCAACUUCUCGAAAACGAUCUAGAUACACGGAAUGGUAUGCUAGUAAAAACCGGUUGCGUGAUUAUUCCUGAAACCCUGCGAAAACGAACGUUGGAGGUGUCGCACCAAGGCCAUCCUUCAGCCGCCAAGCAUAAGAGCAUCUUAAGGCAGCGUGUGUGGUGGCCCGGAAUGAAUCAGGAUGCUCAAAAUUGGGUAGAUUCCUGUGCAACUUGCGCUGUCAAUGGUAGACCCGAGAAAACUACCCCAAUGCAACGCAUUCUCGCUCCGAAAGCAGUGUGGGAGACCAUCGCUUUGGAUUUCAACGGCCCUUACGCGAAAUUUGGAGGAAUCUCCAUCUUAGUGGUUGUUGAUUACAAAUCGAGGUACCUAAUAGCCCGGCCAGUAAAAUCCACUAGCUUCGAACAGGUAAAAAAAGUUCUCGAGGAUAUAUUCGAACGAGAAGGUACCCCGAAGUUCAUUAAGUCAGAUAAUGGUCCACCUUUCAACGGUCAAGACUACAAAACCUACUGUGAGAGCCGCGAUAUUACUACCGUUUUCUCAACACCGCUAUUUCCCCAACAAAAUGGUCUGGUCGAAAGCUAUAUGAAGCUAAUAAAUAAAGCAAUGGCAAGCGCAACACUGAACGAAACGAGUUACAUUGAAGAACUGAGUAUGGCAAUCCAGGCUCACAACGCAGCAUGCCACAGUGUAACCAAAUUUCCUCCGGAGGAAAUUAUGUCAGGCCGAAAAAUCAAAAGGUGUCUUCCACUGAUAACUUUCAAAAAAACCACGGUUGAUGAAGAACUGUUUGCUAAAAGAGAUCGAGAUGCGAAAGAGGCAGGAAAGAAACGGGAAGACCAGCGACGAGGAGCUCGGCCUUGCCGAAUCAAUCCUGGAGACACCGUAAUAGUCGAACGGCAAACACGCAGCAAAGGAGAAUCACGGUUCUUACCGCGGCGAUAUACCGUAAUCGAAGAAAGGAACGGCAACUUGACGCUGAAUGAUGAGGAGGGAAAUGUGUUGAAGCGCCACGUAUCUCAAACCAAGAAAGUAUCGCAGUGGCGCGUCGAAGAAGCAGCAGCAGAUCCUGACAGCCGAAACAGUCCAGAAAACUUACUCCAGCAUCCACCCAGUAUCGGCCCUAGAAGCAAUCGGGAGAGGAAAGCGCCAUCGUACCUGCAAGAAUACGUCCGGUUGGUUAAUGAAGACUAGUAAGUAUGAUUAACAUUUUUAUCAAUCAGGUCAUUUGAUUCCUCACAAA